AUGGCGAAAGCAAAGUAUGCACCAUCUGGAUUGCCUGAUUCGAGAUGUCAUGAGGUACAAAUCAUCGUGCAGACGUCAUUGCAACCGCGCUUUGAAAUGAUUUCACUUGCCACAACUCGACCACGGCUGGCAAAGAUGUGCUGCGAUUUCGUCAACUCGCACAACAAGGCUGCUAGCUACUCUAAGGAAUUGGAGGCGUUGGCCAGUGAAUUUACUUCAACAUGCCAAGUGACAUUUCCUCAUGGCGACAAGAAAUAUCGGGGCAUCGGGCGUGUCGUGGAAGAUGAGUUUGAGGCCAAACCCGACUACGCCGAGGUGCUUUGCAGAUACCCAAGUGAUUAUUACGACUACGACCGAGGCGAAUGCAAAGGGCCGUGCCACGUUUACAAGCAGGACUCUCGAAUUGAGCCACCGCCGUCGCUACUGGCAGCGUUGCCAAGUCAGCCGAAGGCGUCAACAUCAGCGUCUGCGAUGCUGUCAGUAUUCAAGGUCGGCACAAUAGCCAUCCUCAUGAUGCUGUCUUUCAUCUAA